UUUACCAUUGCGCCUGAUAUCUCUUCACGGAGUACGCCAUGGUUCCCAAGAAAAGCGCAGGAACCCAGAAGUCCCUCGACGUUGCGCGGCUCCUCAAGAGCAAAAGCCUCAGAAGUCUUCAGGAGCUGGAGCCCGAAGCCAAGAAGCUGUGUGCGCAGAGUCUCUUAUCCAGCAGGAAAUGUGAGUCAUGCUGCCUUUUGCCAGAGUUGCCUGGCCUACAGACCCCGCCACGGAGUAGCAGCAUCAUCAGGGAUCUUUACCAGCAGAAGUUAGGCAAAGUCACUUGGUCAUCACUACCGCAGGGUCUCCAAAAGUCCUUUUUGCACUCUCUGGCUUCUUACCGGGUAUUCCAAAAAGCUGCCCCCUUUGACAGAAGGACUACAUCGUUGGCAUGGCACCUGACUCAUCCCAGUACCGUGGCUGUGGGCUCCAAAGGGGGGGGGGAUAUCAUGAUCUGGAACUUUGGCAUAAAGGACAAACCUAUCUUCAUUAAAGGGAUGGGAGCUGGAGGAAGCAUCACUGGGCUGAAGUUUAGCCAUCUCAAUUCGAACCAAUUUUUUGCUUCCUCAAUGGAGGGAACAACCAGGCUGCAGGAUUUUACAGGCUACACUCUGUAAGUUUAUACCAGGUCAAACUGUUGCAAGGUCUGGUUUUGCAGCCUUGAUGUUUCUGCCAAGAGCCGAGUGGUGGUCACAGGAGACAAUAUGGGACACGUGAUCCUGCUGAACACAGAUGGCAAGGAGCUUUGGAAUCUCAGAAUGCACAAAAAGAAAGUAGCCCACGUGGCCCUGAAUCCCUGCUGUGAUUGGCUUCUUGCCACAGCCUCCAUAGAUCAAACAGUGAAAAUCUGGGACCUGCGUCAAAAUAAAGGGAAAACCAGCUUCCUCUAUUCACUGCCUCACAGGCAUCCCGUCAAUGCAGCCUGUUUUAGCCUGGAUGGAGCCCGGCUCCUGACUACUGACCAGAACAAUGAGAUUCGGGUUUACUCUGCCUCCCAGUGGGACAGCCCCCUGAGCCUGAUCUCCCACCCACAUCGUCAUUUUCAGCACCUUACACCCAUCAAGGCAUCCUGGCAUCCGAGGCACAACCUCAUCGUUGUGGGCGGAUACUCAGACCCUAAUUUCAAAAGUUGUGUUCCCUAUGAACUAAGGACAAUAGAUGUGUUUGAUGGAGACUCAGGGAAGAUGAUGUGUCAGCUCUAUGAUCCAGGAUAUUCUGGUAUCACUUCGCUCAAUGAGUUCAAUCCUAUGGGGGACACACUGGCCACUGCCAUGGGUUAUCAUAUUCUCAUUUGGAACCAAGAGGAAGCCAGGUCACAUGAAUAUCACAAAAGACAAUGAAGAGGGCAUGAGACAGCAACACCUGGACCCCACACGUGGGAAGAAGUUCUGUGAGAAGAGGCAACUGUUUGUUAAGGGACCAGACGUACCCAGGGUUGGAGUAGGGACACUUGUGACGUGGGAUACUGUGGGACUAAGAUAUUGCCAUGUUACUGCUCUAGAUUUUGCUCCAGAAAACGGAGCAGAGGUCCUGCGCUAAGGGUCCCUGCUGUCUUUAGACUGGAGCUAAGUUUAUCCUAGAGCCAAGGUACUUUUCUUUUUCCUGAUGUGUGGUAGCAGAAUAACCAGGGAAUUUCUUAAAAUUUAUGUUCAGUCUUUACAUGGCCAAUAAAAGCAUUUCCUUUGGGAAAAAAAAAAAAAACAAAACAGCCUCAGAAGUGCACGUGGCAAGAUGGAUCCAUCAGACACCCAAAGCCUUUAGAAAACAGAAUCCCUUUAUUCCAAGGACUCAAAUUCCACCAC